AUGCUAGGUAUAAAAAUGAACUUGGUAAUAUUGUGCUUCUUCUUGAUGAACUUAAGGAUGAGUUUGGGUGAUAUUGGAGAGCAGCCACUUUCAAAGAUUGCCAUUCACAAAACCAUUCUUGCACUCCACACUUCUGCCUCUAUUACAGCUUCCCCUUUUCUGCUUGGAAAUAAGGGUGAGGAUGCAGAAUGGGUGACAGUAGAGCUUGUGUCCCCUGAACCAGCCAUUGAUGAUUGGGUUGGAGUUUUCUCUCCAGGAAACUUAAAUUCAUCAACAUGUGCACCCAACCCAGGUGGUAUUGGAUGGGUAGAAACUCCAUAUAUAUGCACAGCCCCAAUAAAGUAUAAGUAUGCCAACCAUUCAAAUCCAAACUACAAAAAGACAGGAAAAACUACUUUGAAGUUCCGAUUGAUCAAUCAACGUUCAGAUUUUUCCUUUGCAUUAUUUUCAGGUGGAUUAUCCAAUCCUCAACUUGUGGCAGUUUCCAGCAACUCCGUCGCAUUUGCAAAUCCUAAAGCGCCUGUGUAUCCCCGACUAGCUCAUGGCAAAUCUUGGAAUGAAAUGACAGUUACCUGGACAAGUGGAUAUGACAUAGAUGAAGCUGUACCCUUUGUGGAAUGGGGUCCAAAGGGAGGAAGACAGAUACAAUCAGCUGCAGGAACAUUGACAUUUAAUCGUAACAGCAUGUGUGGUGAACCUGCACGAACCGUGGGCUGGCGCGAUCCUGGUUUUAUACACACAAGUUUCCUUAAAGAACUUUGGCCAAAUACGAGGUACACCUAUAGGUUGGGACAUUUUUUGUCUGACGGUUCUUAUGUAUGGAGCAAGAGGUAUUCAUUCAAGGGAUCUCCAUAUCCUGGACAAAAAUCAUUGCAACGUGUAAUCAUAUUUGGUGACAUGGGAAAGGCUGAGCGUGAUGGUUCAAACGAAUAUGCUGAUUAUCAACCAGGUUCCCUUAACACCACAGACCAACUCAUCAAGGAUUUAGACAACUUUGACAUUGUUUUCCACAUAGGAGAUCUUCCAUAUGCAAAUGGAUACAUCUCACAGUGGGACCAGUUCACAGCUCAAGUGCAAGAAAUUUCUUCAACAGUUCCAUAUAUGAUAGCAAGUGGAAAUCAUGAACGUGAUUGGCCAAACACUGGAUCAUUCUUCAACACUCCGGAUUCUGGUGGAGAAUGUGGAGUUCCUGCAGAAACCAUGUACUAUUACCCUGCUGAGAACAAAGCCAAAUUCUGGUAUGCAACAGAUUACGGCAUGUUUCGUUUCUGUAUAGCAGACAGUGAGCAUGACUGGAGAGAAGGAUCAGAACAAUACAAAUUCAUUGAGAAUUGUCUUGCAACUGUAGAUCGAAAACAACAACCAUGGUUAAUCUUUGCAGCACAUCGCCCCCUCGGUUACUCUUCUAACUCUUGGUAUGCCAUGGAAGGGUCAUUUGAAGAGCCCAUGGGAAGGGAAAGUUUGCAAGGGCUAUGGCAGAAGUACAAAGUAGACAUUGCAUUUUAUGGUCAUGUCCAUAACUAUGAAAGAGUCUGCCCCAUUUAUCAGAACCAAUGUGUGAAUAAGGAAAAAUAUCAUUAUUCUGGCACUGUGAAUGGAACAAUUCAUGUGGUUGUUGGUGGAGGGGGGAGUCAUUUAUCAGACUUCACUGCAUCACCUCCAGUUUGGAGUAUUUUCAGGGAUAGAGACUAUGGUUUUGGCAAACUAACAGCAUUCAAUCACUCAUAUCUGUUGUUUGAGUAUAAGAAAAGUAGUGAUGGAAAGGUGUAUGACUCUUUUACCAUUUCUAGGGACUAUAGAGAUGUCUUAGCUUGUGUGCGUGAUGGUUGUGAGAAAACCACCUUGGCAACCUGA